AUGGCGUCACAUUCUCGAGUGUCUAUUCUGGACUACUUUAAUAUCGUCUUUGAAGGGGAAAAUGGCAAAAUUGAAUCCAACUGUAAAGCUUGUGGUACAAGGAUCCAGGCGAAGAGGACAGUUACCUCUAACUUCGUUACACAUUUAAAGCGUAAACAUCAAGCGAUGUACAAUGAGUUUGUGAGGAAGAAAGACAUUAAAAGAGAGGCCUAUUCUUCAGGGGGCAUUCAGACCUACACGUCCCUUAGCGGUAGCGGGACCAGUCGUACACCACCCCAGAGCGGAGUGGCAACACCCAAAUUUGACCGCAGCGAUCCACGACAAUCCCUAAUUUCUGAAGCCAUCGCUAAAAUGAUUAUCUGUGACCUGCAGCCUGUGCAGAUGGUAGAGAACGAAGGUUUCCGUGAGCUGCUGCAGCUCCUUGAGCCUCGUUAUGUUCCAGAGCCAAGCCAUUACAUACAGCGGCAGCUCCUCCCAGCCUAUGUCUACCAAGUACAGUUAGCGCUCAAGCGUGCUUUGUCAGGAUCCGAGUCCUGCAGCGUGACCCUGGACCUGUGCAUGAGUAUAAGUAAUAAGAAUAGAUCUGGCUACAUGGGAGUAACAUGCCAUUUUUUAACCUCAGAUUGGCAAAUCAAAUCUGCACUGUUAUCAUGUUUACCGUUGCCAAAUCAUAGGGACACAAAUUACAUGCUUGCAGACUUUGAUAAGAUCUGCCAUGGUCAUGGCAUCUCGGGUAAGGUGUUCCGCAUUGUUGUUGAUCCCUUUGCUUGUAAAACCCGAUCUGCCUUCCAGCUGCCUGGUUUUUGCCUUGAUGGGAAUAGUGAUGUGGAUGAUGAAGAUGAAGAUAGUAGUGAUAAAGAGACUGACACAGGGGUAGUUAAACAAUCUGGAGCAGAAGAUCAGAACUCUUUAAAUCAAUGGCUGGAUUGGUGUAGGAUUGACUGCUUUGCUCAUUCCCUGGGUCAGUGCAUUCGUGAAGGAAUCUUUUCCUCCUCUCAGAUAUCCAAAACUAUCAACAAAGCAGCUUGCUUCUACAAUCAUGUCAUUACUGCAGUGGCACCUGAGAAACUUAGUCAAGUGUUUGGUUAUGGCAUGACAGGAAAAGAACAAUUCUCUUUAGCUUCAGAUAGGCACUGGAACACUCAGCUAAAGACACUACGACUAAUGCUAGAGUGUGUGGAUUUUUUGGAGGACAUAGUGGCCGGAAAUGACCUUGCUCUGAACACUGUUGAAAAAACGAUGCUGCGUGAGCUCGUUGAGGUCUUGGAACCCUUUGAGGAGGCCACAGAUAUGAUCCAAGGAGACAAACAUGUGUCCAUCAGUAUUGCCCUUCCUAGUGUCUUGGGCCUGCGAAAGCACCUAGCAGAGGUCGUAACUCACCAGUGCACCGGGCUAGUAACAGGACUGACCCAAGCACUGGACCGUAGGCUAGCUGGCAUCCUAGAGGACCCUCUAUAUGUGGUGGCCACUACCCUGGAUCCACAGUUCAAGCUCUCGUGGAGUAGUGACCGUGACUGGCACAAGCAGGUUUUUCUGGAGGAGGUGGCAAAGCAUGCCCAGCCUGUGAGUCCACCAGAGCCCAGUUCUGAAGCUCAGCCAGUGCCAUCCAAACGCAGCAGACUGUUUUCCUUCAUCAAAGAAAGGCCAACCAUGCAGGCUAAGAGUGUGGAGCAGGAGCUGGCUGCGUACCUUCAUGAAGAACCUACAGACGAGGAUCCACUACAGUACUGGAAGCGCAAGUCUAUCGAUUUUCCUCUUCUUUCACAAGUGGCCAAGAAAGUGUUGACAGUGCCAGCUACAACUACUGCAGUGGAAAAGAUAUUCAACAUUUUGAGCAAAAUCAUGAGACAAGAAGGGUGUGGACUUCUACCUAAGAACUUAGACACACUGAUUUACCUAAAGGGAAAUCAUAGCAUAAUAUGGCCCUAACAAAAAAGAUCUGUUUACACGUUCCUGAUAAUAUCUUUUGAUAAAUCCUGAUUAACAUGGAUACUUUUCAGCUGAAGGAUGCCGAAUAUCAGCUUAUGCUUGUAACACCUACACAAAUCUGUAAUAAAGAAAGAAAAGAAAUCUGGUUUAGUAUCUGUAUAUA